CACAAAUCCAUAUCCUAUAAUUUUAAUAAUUGACAUAUCCCAUAUCCAUAUCUAUAUAUCAUAGAUGCUAGAUCUCAAUAUAAUGCUAGAUAUUAAUCUCUCUUAUAAGCAAUAAUCAUCAUAUAUAUUCAAGCGUAUGGGCAUCUUUUCAAAAAAUGCAAUACUAAAUAAAUGCUUUCUCACUACUUAUGUCGGAAAAAGGAAAAGCAGCUAUCAUUUUCAGUUUGGAAAAUACGCGAUCCAGAUGUAGCUAUAGGGAUAUUCUCCUAUGUGGGCGUCCUGUAUGGAAUGUGGUUGGCCGGCAAACCCAUGUGCCGGUUUACUAAGUAGUUGGAAUUUUAAUGAUUUAAGAGAGAAUAUUUUCAAGGGAACACUCAUGGUCCCCAGUCUCCAGACUCCAGAGUCACGUGUUCUUAAGUGUACGAUAAUUAAUCCCUCUGAUUCCUCUGGACAUACACCAGAUGCUUCACGGCCAACCAUUUAUCAAAUCUUAGGGAGCUCAAUGGAGACUCGAAGAUUUUCCUCGGCUAAUAGUAUGUGGAGAUGAGAUCGAUGGAGCUGAGCUCUUCCAAGGGUCUUGCGGUGGGUAGAAACCAAGGAUUAAUGACUCUUUGGGAAGGUGGAUUUAGGUGGAAUUAGGGUUUAAAAUUAAGCAGGAUUUGGGGGGUGAGGGGACAAUUUUAUUAGGAUUACAAGCAUUGCGCAAAUCACUGACCUCACAGGCAGCGGCGGCGCAAUGACUCCGCUCGAUUCCGAGAAGUCGAAAAUCGCAUCGCUUUUCUCGUUCAACUGCGGUUGCAGAAACCCAAAAGCCGUCUCGGUUUCAGCCUUGAUUUCCAAAUCAUCUGAUAGAUCAACAACACCACGACGAAGACAAAUGGAUAUUUCAUCUUCUUCCGGCGACACGCUAACGACGGCUUCUUCUUCAAUCCCCGAAAGGGAUCUGGAUCAUGAUGAGAAGAAUGAGGCUCCAGCAACCCUCUCCGAUUUGCUGCGGGAGCUAAGCGAACUGGAGCAGAGCGUCAAGGCUUGUGGGAUCGAUCGUGGGUUACCGGCCGCGAAGAAGGCGGGUCCAGAGUGUUGGCGGAAGCAUAGGAGGAGUCGCAGCGAGGGACGAGUGGCGGAGAGCGUCGCAGUGACGAAGGAUUCGGCGGAUCCAUUGGGUGAUUUCAGGCAAUCGAUGCUUCAGAUGAUCGUGGAGAAGGAGAUCGUCGGCGUGCCGGAGUUACGGGAGCUUCUCCUGCGAUUCUUAGCUCUAAAUUCACCGAGAUACCACGGAAUAAUUCUUCGAGCAUUUGGUGAGGUCUGGAAUGAAGUUUUCUCCGGCUAUGAGAACACCCCCGACUUCCUUGGUACGAUUGAUACGCCAGUUCGAUGCCUCUCACAACGCACUCUGCCUCAUCGCCGUCGCUAUUGAUCAUAUUCCGAUUUCCAAAUUUCGUUACGUGUACAGAUGUGUGAAAUCGCUGGUUAUAUAGGGUUUUUUUUCACAUUUUUUUA